AUGUCUUUCUCCGGCCGCCGUCUAAGCAUCCUGCGGCCUUCUGGCGACCGCCGCUCGUCACUCGUCAAGGGUCUCUCCGAUAACGAGCUAAAGUCCGAAACUCAUCGUCAGUUCCGAUCCGCCCACGAGGGUCACCGUCCCCACGCUGGUCUCGACGCCUCCCGUGCCUCAACCGGUGUCGUCUGGUGCACAGAGCGGGCUAGCGAACAUGGAUACGCAGAGGACCCCUCCGCCUGGGCUAACCUAGGUCAGGGUGCUCCCGAGGCUGAUGAUGAGAUCGAGGGUAGUUUCCCCCGCCCGACAUCGAUCCCCAUCACUUCCGCUGCUCGGGAGUACGGCCCGACCGCCGGUAUCAAGCCGUUGCGUGCCGCCGUGGCCCGUCUGUACAACGACCACUACCGUCAAGGCAAGGAGAGCCAGUAUACCUGGGAGAAUGUCUGCAUUGUGCCCGGUGGUCGUGCGGGGUUGAUCCGUAUCGCUGCCAUUUUGGGUAACUCGUACCUGUCGUUCCCCAUUCCCGAUUACUCCGCGUACUCGGAGAUGCUGAGUCUGUUUAAGAAUAUCGCCCCCAUUCCUAUGCCCUUGUCGCAAGAUGACCACUACCACAUCCACCCCGACAAGAUUGCCGAGGAAAUUGCUCGUGGUACUCAAGUGAUUUUGACCUCGAACCCUCGUAACCCUACCGGUCACUUUGUCUCGCACAAUGAGUUGGCUGAGAUCCAGGAUAUCUGCCGAGACCGCGCCACUCUCAUCCUCGAUGAGUUCUACGGUGGUUACAACUACACCACCGACUGCGACGGUUCCACUAUCAGUGGUGCCGAGAACGUUGUUGACGUCAACCAGGAUGAUGUCCUGUUGAUCGACGGUCUCACCAAGCGUUUCCGUCUUCCGGGCUGGCGAAUUGCCUGGAUUGUCGGUCCUAAGGAAUUUGUCACUGCCCUGGGCUCUGCCGGUUCUUACCUGGAUGGAGGUGCCAACGUCCCCUUCCAAGAAGCCGCCAUCCCCAUGAUGGAACCGAACCUCGUCCGCACCGAGAUGAAGGCGCUGCAGAGCCACUUCCGUGAGAAGCGCGACUAUGUCAUGAAGCGUCUGAACGAUAUUGGUUUCCGUUUCAAGGACGUGCCGCAGGCCACUUUCUACAUCUGGCUCGACCUGACCUCGAUUGAACCCCCUCUUCCCGAGGAGGCCAACAUCUCCGACGGUCUGAACUUCUUCAAUGCCCUUCUGACUGAGAAGGUCAUCGUUGUGCCUGGUAUCUUCUUCGACUUGAACCCUGCCAAGCGUCGUGAUCUGUUCGACAGCCCUUGCCACCACUUUGUGCGUCUGAGUUACGGACCCAAGAUGGACGUUCUUGAAAAGGGUCUGGAUGGUAUCGAGCGUGUGAUUAACCGCGCUCGUGAGCUUGGAAAGGCGAAGUGGGCGGAUGAGGUUGCUGUCGCUGAUGAUUAG